CUGGGCGGGGUUUGGGCGGGGCCGGCGGUUGCGGUCCCGGUGCCCGCGGCUGCUGGGGCACAGGCGGUGGCGAGUGGAUACGCACGAAGCAUUCUGAUAAUGUGACAGUUGUGCUGCAGUGAUGUCGACUCUCUGUCCCCCACCAUCGCCGGCCGUUGCCAAGACAGAGAUUGCUUUAAGUGGUGAAUCUCCUUUAUUAGCAGCCACCUUUGCUUACUGGGAUAAUAUUCUUGGUCCUAGGGUCAGGCACAUUUGGGCUCCAAAGACUGAACAGGUACUUCUCAGUGAUGGAGAAAUAACGUUUCUGGCCAAUCACACUCUCAAUGGAGAAAUCCUCCGAAAUGCAGAGAGUGGGGCUAUCGAUGUAAAAUUUUUUGUCUUGUCUGAAAAAGGAGUAAUUAUUGUUUCAUUAAUCUUUGAUGGCAACUGGAAUGGGGAUAGGAGUACGUAUGGACUGUCAAUUAUACUUCCACAGACGGAACUUAGCUUCUAUCUCCCGCUUCACAGAGUAUGUGUUGACAGGUUAACACAUAUUAUCCGGAAAGGAAGGAUAUGGAUGCAUAAGGAAAGGCAAGAGAAUGUCCAGAAGAUAAUUUUAGAAGGCACAGAGAGAAUGGAGGAUCAGGGUCAGAGUAUUAUUCCAAUGCUUACUGGAGAAGUAAUUCCUGUAAUGGAAUUGCUUUCAUCUAUGAAAUCACAUAGUGUUCCUGAAGAAAUAGAUAUAGCUGAUACAGUCCUCAAUGAUGAUGAUAUUGGUGACAGCUGUCAUGAAGGUUUUCUUCUCAAUGCCAUUAGCUCACACUUGCAAACCUGUGGCUGUUCUGUCGUUGUGGGUAGCAGCGCAGAGAAAGUAAAUAAGAUAGUGAAAACACUAUGCCUUUUUCUGACUCCAACAGAGAGAAAAUGUUCCAGAUUAUGUGAAGCUGAAUCAUCAUUUAAAUAUGAGUCGGGACUUUUUGUACAAGGUCUACUAAAGGACUCAACUGGAAGCUUCGUCUUGCCCUUCCGGCAAGUCAUGUAUGCCCCCUAUCCCACCACACACAUCGACGUGGAUGUCAACACAGUCAAGCAGAUGCCGCCGUGUCACGAGCACAUCUACAACCAGCGCAGAUACAUGAGAUCCGAGCUGACAGCGUUCUGGAGAGCCACAUCAGAAGAAGACAUGGCUCAGGAUACAAUCAUUUAUACCGACGAAAGCUUCACGCCUGAUUUGAAUAUAUUUCAAGAUGUUUUACACAGAGACACUCUAGUAAAAGCCUUCCUGGAUCAGAUUUUUCAUCUGAAGCCUGGAUUAUCUCUCAGGAGUACUUUCCUAGCACAAUUUCUGCUUGUCCUUCACAGAAAAGCCUUGACGCUAAUAAAAUACAUAGAAGAUGAUACGCAGAAGGGGAAAAAGCCCUUUAAAUCUCUGAGGAACCUGAAGAUAGACCUUGAUUUAACAGCAGAGGGCGAUCUUAACAUAAUAAUGGCUCUAGCUGAGAAGAUUAAGCCUGGACUACACUCAUUUAUCUUUGGAAGACCUUUCUAUACUAGUGUACAAGAACGAGAUGUUCUAAUGACUUUUUAAAGGUGUGACUUUGCUGUAUUUUAUUGCAGUCCUGAUUGCAGCUAAAGUAGCUCAGUGGUAUAUAUGGGAACUAUUCCCUGAGGUCAUGACCCUGGAGUCAUAAUCGGCAAUGGCAGUUAAAGUUAGAUACACUACAGUUGUCACAAGAAGUCUGUAAAAUGGCAUCAGAUGCAUCGUUGCAAGGGGUGCGUCUUUUCUUUGAUAUGUUUUUCUUGGGAUACAUACUUAUGUUUACAAUGACAAAAAAAUAGUAGUGCUCUUUUAAAUGUGUAAUAAUCAAAUAUAAACUGACCAUAACUACUGUAACUUUUUUUUUUUUUGGAAACGUAUGGUUUACAUACACCAAAGUGAAAUCUGCAUUAGCUUUCACUAUAUAAUACUGGCUGGCUUUCUGUCUCUUGGUGUUCCUUGGUUUAUGGGAUUACUCUAAAGCUUUUACAGUCAAGUGAAAAUUAGAGUAUCGCAGUAAUUUCCGUUCCCAUCAUAAAAGAAAGGAAGUUAAUUCAGUGGUUAGCUUCAGAAAUAAGUCUUUCGUGAAGAAUGCUUAAUUAAAAUGAUUAGGUUCUUCUUUAUACUUUACCCAUCGUAUCAGUCUUUGGAAAUGUCAGGUGAUAUGUAUAUUCCCUGUUAGGAUGAACCACAAUGGGCAUAUUGUUAAUUCAUUGUGCUCUAUCAAAGAAAUAGAGGAAAUUGGAUUUUAUGUUUUAGUAGUUGUUGCCAAUUUCUAAAAUCAGAUUAUUUUUGAACCAAAUUGAAAUGUGUGCCUCCUGUGCCUCCCCUCCCCCCCUUUGGAAAAUAGUUACUUGGAAUAAGUUCAGAUUUUGCUAGUUCAUCAUUUCCAUCUUGUUUUCUUUUUGUGGUCUUACCUUGAGUUGGCAAUCACAAGUAUCUCUGAGAUUACUAAAUUUUUUAGAGAGGAUACUAACUAUGUUAGUUAGGAUAUAUGGAAAAAAAAUCUGGAAAAAUCUGGAAAAAUCUUACUUUCUUAUUCUGUUCACAUUGUUGCCAUCGCUCUUUGCAUCAUUUAAGGAGUAGCAGAGAAACUUCACAGACAUGUAGUUUUAUUUGGUGCUACCUUUACAAAACCAAGAGUUCUAUUUCUUUUGUUUCUUUAAUUUGUUUGAGCCAUUUUUCUAGCUAUGGAAUGACUGGUGAACAUGAUUCUGUGCUAGGACAUAAUCUAUGUGUGAAUAUAGUCAUGCACACAGCAUAAAAAUUAUUUUUAAUUCAUAUCGGUCAAAGUAACACAAAAGGGAAAAGACAUUUAUAAAAGGGAUAAAAGGGACAGCCCCUCAGCCCUUGCCCACCAAAUUUAGCUAGAAACUGUCUAUUCUUAAAAAUUCCUUGAGUGGCUGGAGCAAUAGCACAGUGGGUAGGGCGUUUGCCUUGAACGCGGCUGACCCAGGUUUGAUUCCCAGCAUCCCAUUUGGUCCCCUGAGCACCUCCAGGAGUAAUUCCUAAGUGCAGAGCCAAGAGCAACCUGAGGUGUGACCCAAAAAGCAAAAAAAAAAAAUUCCUUGAACCAAGGUUAAAGACAUAGUACAGCAGGUAAAGUGCUUGCCUUGCACAGGCUCGAUCCCUGGCACCACAUAUGGUACCCUGAGCCAUCUAGGUAGGAGUGAUCCCUUUGUGCAGAUCCAGGAGGAAUGAACAGCCCUGAAUGAACAGCACUGGUGUGGCCCGAAAACAGAAACAAAACCGAACACAAAUCCCUAUAGCCUUUUAAAUCACCAAAAAGCCGUGACACAUCUUAACUUUUAGACUUAGACACACUGAAUCAAAUGACUGAGGCUCUGGAAGGAAACCAUAUUUAUGCCAUCUUUGGGACUCCUUACUCAGUGGUUUUUAUAUCAUAGUGUGGGCUGACAGUUUUAUUUGACUAGUUUAUUGUAUUAUAUAGCAUAUAAGUUGUACAGUGAAAUAAAUUAUUGAAGCAUGUGUAAACACUGUUACAUAUCUUUAGAUGGAGAAUUUUGAAUAAAAUAUCUUUGAAAUUUUGUCUUAUAGUUGUUUCUAAGGAAAAGUAAUGCUGUAAUAUUGAAAGAUUGGCUUCCCCAUCAGCCGACGUUCAUGUUGCAUCUAAUCUAUCUUGAUUGAUUUUCUUUUGAAAAGUAUAUAUUUAAAUGUUCAUAUUAACUGGAAUUUAUUUUUGUUAUUUUGUGGUUUUUUUGUUUGUUUGUUUUUUAAUAAAUUUCUGGGCCAAAGAUGUUUUUUUAAAAAAAAUUAAUUUCUGGGCCUGCACUCAGAAGCAAAUUGCAGGCAUUGUGUGCAUGAGACCAGGGUUCCAUCCUAGCACUGCAAAGAAAAAAAAGUCUUCUAAAACAGAGCUUUCUACCCACUCCCAGAAUUACAUUUUUAUUUCUUAAAUUUAUAUAGUAACAUUUUAAGUAUAUGAUAAUGCUUCAAUAAAUUUAUUUUUUUGAUUUUCCUAUUGUAAGAGUAUCAGUAUAACUCAAGCUAUCUAUUUUAUUCAGAUUCUGUCUAGGUCCAAAAUGAAAUGAAAAUGUAAGGACUUUAAAACUAUUCAUCUGGUAAACAAAUAAGACUCACAUUCUUAUUCCAUCUCGCAGUUAAGUUGAAAGGUUUUUUUUUUUUUAGGAGACUGUUUCAUUGCAGUUCUAAAAUUCUGAAAGAAGAAACACAAACUUAAUAUAAUUAAUGUUAUAAAGUAAAAAAUAGCUUAUUUCUGCAAUGCUACCACUAAACCAGUAGAUAAUAAAUGUUAUUCCUUUUCUUUA